GCAGCAUUUGGAAACCCAGCUGAUCAGAGCUGUGGUAUUUUGCCACAGAGGCAGAGGAAGAGGGUGCGUGACUGGAAAAAAAAGAAGAGAAGAUAGAGUAAGCAGAUACAUUUUUUAAUCUACACAGUGAGAAUUUACAGACAGAGGAGCUGUUAAGCUAUGUCUUUUUCCUUUUAUGAGAAAAAAGGAACUCAUGUGAAGAGAGACUCUUUGGAAAGAUGUGAGAGCUGUUGGCAGGGUGGGAAUCUGAGGAAGAAACGCACAGAAAAGGAUCUGUCAAGCUCUGGAAACACUUUCAGUGAACACUUGAGUCGACAGAGGGUUGAAGAACCCUUGUAGGAAGAGGAGGAGGGAUGUCUUGGCUGUCACCGGUGUCAUGGGCCAAAUGGACGUGGACGGCCGUGCGAGGGGGAGAGGAAGAGGAGGAUGGUGAGGGGCAGAAGGCCAGCGAGGAGGGAGAGCAAUUUGGAGUGAGAGGAGAGGAAGAGGAGGAGGAGAGAUCUCAAAGCUGCAGCUCUGACUCAGAGGAGCAUUUUGACACUCCUGAAGCGGCGACUCCUGUCCACGCUCCUCCUCCCAUCCCAGGAGAGCUGGAGAACAACAACACUGAUGCAGACAAAACUGAUGUGGAUCAGGAGGAGCACCUGAUAGUUACUGCUCCUGUUGAGGAUCAGGAUUCGUUUCUCAGUAUGGGUCAGGAUGAGCCUGCGGUGCCCAUGGGACACCCACUGGAAGUAAACAUCCAGACCCUGGAGGAAGAGCAAACAGAGAAUCUUCCAGAAGCCUGUGAGUCUGUGUCAGAGCCUUCUGUUGCUGCAUCCUCACACAGGGAAACACCUGAAGUGGCUAAUGAAAAUGCAGUGCCAAAGUUUGAGCCAACCCAAGCACCAGUCCCUGUCCUAGAUGCAGAGCCUGUCCCAGAUGAAACUUCAGUCCCUGCUCCAGCUUCAAUUCCUGCUCCACUUCCUGACCCUGCUCCUGCUCAGAUACAGGAGCCAGACUUGAUCAAGAACAGUGAACUUGAAGUCAGCCAAGCUUUAGAGCAGAAACCAGAACCAGAGAGCAUUGACCUGAAACAGACAGAGCCCACUAAAAAGACUAAAACAAAUAAAUCAAAGCCUCCAUCCCUGAAGCUGAAGACCCCCAAACAAGAAGAGCCCCCCCAAACAAAUGACGAAGAAGAACUUCCUGUUCCUAAGGCUUCCUACAAAUUUGACCCCAACCAGCUGGAUGACAGCUUUAACCCCUUCACAAGUGGCGGGUCUAAAAUCCAGAACUCUCCCCCACCAUGCGGUCCGAGCUCUCUCCCCAGACUCGAGCCUCUCAGUAGCUCACUGCCUGUCAGCGAGGCCAGCUCAGCAGCUCCAGCAGAAGCAGAGACGUCAUCUUCAGAAUCAAAGACUAUGAUGUUGGAAUUUGGCAUGGACGAGGGGACAGUCAGCAAGCCACCGCCGAGGAAAUUAGGAGGUAAAAAGACAAUCAGCAAACUUGCAGUAAAGAAGCAAAAGCCUAAAGGAUCCGAGGCUUUAGAUAAACCUGCACCAGAACCUGCUGUGCCAGAAAUAGACUCUCAACCAGUUCCAGAAGCAUCUUCAGAAGUAGUUUCAGACCCUCUUCCAGAGCCUGAUCCACCAGUUUCAGACUCUUCCGCACCUUUGAACCUCGAUGAUGUCCCUAUUCCUAAAAAAGGAGCGUAUAACUUUGAUCCCAGUCAGUGGGACGAUCCAAACUUUAAUCCGUUUGGGAGCAAUAGCAAGAUGAGCAGCUCUCCAGUGCUGCCCAGGGGAACGUACAGUUUUGAUCCAGACAAUUUUGACGACUCUGUGGACCCUUUUAAAUCCUCAAAAACUCUUAACACAGAUGACUCGUCCAGUAGUGCGCCUCAACCAGAGAAAAACGUGAAAGACGUGGACAAACAGACAGCAAAGCAGCCUGCAGGGCAGAAGAAAGUGAGGCAGAUUCCCAAGAAGAGCAAAGAGAGGACGGUCAAGAACACCUGUAAAGUUCAGAAAUAUGACGAGAGCCAGUCGUUGGUGCUGGAUGUGUGUAAUCAGGAGGAGGAUGAGGUGGUGGUUCGGACCCCAGAGAUCACUCAGCGGGUUCAUCACGCCACUGAUGAAGAGAAGCUCGCCUCCACCGGCAUGAUGGGCCAGGCCACCGACAGCCAGGAGGAGAAAGCUGAACCUGAAUGCAUCAAAGCACCUGUCAAAAAGCAGCCAAUCAUCGAAAAGUCUGUUAUGGAUGUUGCAGAGACUAAGAUGUCAGACCACCUUGAGGAGAAGGACACCUGCAGUCUGAAAGAUGAGACUAGUGAAGUAACUAUAAGCCAAAAAGCGAAGGUGACGUUUAGCGAGACCACAGAUACAGCCGACCUGUCUCAGGAUAACGCUCCCAUGAGUGAGAUGGACAAAGCUGCGGUGCUCACUCUAAUCAGAGAAGAGAUCAUCACUAAGGAGAUCGAGGUCAACGAGUGGAAGAGGAAGUUUGAGGAGAGCAGAGCUGAGGUGUUGGAGAUGAGGACAAUAGUUGCAGAAUAUGAGAAAACAGUUGCACAGAUGAUUGAGGAUGAGCAGCAGCAGAAAACCGUGUCCUGCACUAAGACAGUCAGGCAGUUGACCUUAGAGAGGGAUCAGGCCAUAGCUGAUCUCAACUCUGUGGAGCGCUCCUUUGCCGAUCUCUUCAGGAGGUACGAAAAUAUGAAGGGCGUCCUGGAAGGCUUCAAGAAGAACGAGGAUGUGCUAAAGAAGUGUGCACAGGAUUACCUGAUGAGGAUCAAACAGGAGGAGCAGAGAUACCAAACACUCAAGGUUCAUGCAGAGGAGAAGCUUGACAAGGCUAAUGAGGAGAUAGCACAGGUACGUGCCAAGGCCAAUGCUGAGAGUGUCGCACUAAACGCCAGCCUGAGGAAAGAGCAGAUGAAAGUGGAGUCACUUGAAAGAGCUGUCCUUCAAAAGAAUCAAGAGAUCGAGGAGCUCACUAAGAUCUGCGAUGAACUCAUUGCAAAACUAGGAACAGAAUGAGAGGUCUUCAGACUAACAAACGACACUGAUGUAAAUUCUGUAUAGCAUCACCCAUAAGCACACGUCACAUUUUCUUUCUCUUUUUUGACUCUGCUGUAGAGAAUGGCGAUAAUUGCUCUUCUGAUAUUUUCAGACCUAAAUCUGAAACCAAGACUAUGACUGAUCCAUGCGUUAAUCAUGUCAUGGCAGUUUGAAGAAGCACAAAGUUUCAUGAUAGAGUAGAUGUAUUAAUUCAAAAGAGAUUGCCACGUUUUUUUUAUUGGUUAUAGCAAAGGUUAAUUUAAUGGAUUAUCUGUUUUGAACAAUUGAUCCGCUUCUUUUUGUGUGCAUUUUCCCGAGUUUAAUUUUUAGGGAAGUAUGGAAAAGACAGAGCACAGACAUAAUUCACUACAGUAUUUCCUGUGUGUUACUGGUAGUGAUAAUACUGUCUUCAAAGAUAGUCAAUUUCUUCCAACUGAGUGCCUGAACUCAUCAUGUAGAGUUAUUUUCUCUCCUUGCUGCAGAUUAUUUCAGGGUGCAGACUUUUUGGUUCUGAUGGUUUCCUUGCUCUGUAAUUUAACAAUUUCAUGAGUUGCCUUUGUGUGCUUUUGUCUUAUUGUUUAAAUGGUUACAGAAAGUGCAGGUUAAGUCCUGCGGAGUUUUGAUCUCAUGUACAUUACACUCCCCAAAAUAUCUUUGGGAUUGUUAAAAAUGAAGAGCACUUAAAUGAAUCAGCUUUUAAAAUCACUUCUGUGAUACUUCAUCCAUUUAAUGACACUUUGACAGUGCUGGGUGGAAACUUACGUUUACUUUGAAGCUGAAGUAGUCAAUAUUAUUCUGUAUUAUUCAAUCAUGUGCCAUGUUUGAUUUCCUGGCUCUGUGUUUGAGAGUUAAAGCAUUUGAAACACAUUCUGUUGCUGCCAUGUAGAUAUCAUCGACUGUAUUCCUGUUUUCUCUUGGAGUCCAAAUGUUGCUGGUGUGCCUUUUGUCUCUAAUGUAAACCUGCUGUUUCCAAAUGGUGUUGCCAAAGUGUACUGUAACAUUAUACAUCCUUAAUGAUCAAAAUAUGCUGAACAACAGUGAGCUUAAAGGAUUGAUCCUGCAGCAAAUGAAUGAACAUAUCAUGAACAUAUACGUACAGUCAGCGACAUAACUCUUUAAGGUCUGCUUUCUGGUGAGCAUGCAAUAGCAUCUUUUGGUCUGAUUGAACCUAAAGGAGCACACAAGUGCAUUUCUAGACAGAAAUGUUUCAGAUGCAAAGGGGAGGUUCUUCUUUACAUCAGCACAAUCAAUUGCCAAAUGUCAUUGUAAAAUAAAUUGGUUUGUAUGUGUCAUAUUGUAGUGCUGUUAGUCUGAAGGUGCUUUUUAAUGCAAAUUCAUUGUCAGUACAAUAUGUGUAAAUUUUAUAUUUUAUCCUAAGAAUAUUUGUAAAAUUUAAGAAUUAAAUAUACCCAGAUUGUAUGUUAAUUGCUAUAUUUUGUGCAUUUCUGAAUAAAUGGUUAAGACUGA